AUGGCAGAAAAUUUGGCUAGAGCCCAAGGUAGACACGUCGGUCUUCAAACCUACUUGAAAGCAGUAACGAAUGAAGUAACUGAAUAUAUUUCGGCCGGACAUUGCGAACAAUCAAAGCUUCUUGGGUUUAAGAAAACGGUUUUGCAACUCAUUGAGCAAUAUGGCACUGUGCAUGAGACAAUUUUAUCUUUACUUGAACCGGACAAGAUAGGGCCGGAAGUAAUCAAACACAUGCAAAGCCUAGAACAGACAUAUCAAGUUCUGGCACAGGUGGACUUAGAGCUUGAAAAAUUUCAGCUUAAUCAAUACCACACUAAUACAGUUUCAUCAGGGGGUACAAGUGGUCAUCGUCCUAGCAACAGCCAGAUCCAUCGUAAACUCCCUAAAAUAGGAUUGCCCCAAUUUUCGGGUAACCCGCUUGAAUGGCAGGGGUUCUGGGACCAGUUUCAAGUUUCAGUUCAUGAGAAUGUCAGUAUCAGUGAGAUUGAUAAGUUUAACUAUUUGAAGGGAUGCCUCAAAGGUGAGGCACACACUACAGUAUCGGGGUUAACCUUAAGUUCAGAAAACUAUAAGGACGCCAUUGACAUAUUAAGAGAUAGAUUUGGUAAUGAACAAGUAUUAAUUUCAGCUCACAUGGAAUCAUUGUUAAAAAUUGAUAAAAUACGAUCGGUUAGUAAUGUAAAAGGGUUAAGGACACUUUAUACACAUGUGGAAAAUUGUAUAAGAAAUUUACGGGCACUUAAGCUUGACACUAGUGGGUAUGGGUCACUUUUGAUCCCUAUAUUAAAGGAUAGGCUUCCAGAUGAGAUUAAUAUGAUAAUUUCGAGACAAUUUUGCGGCCAAAUCUGGAGUCUAGACAAAGUUAUGGAGUACUUCGGAAAUGAACUGAAGGCUCAGGAGAACUGCAACCCUCAAAAUGUUCACUCGGAUGCACCUAAAAGGAGGGAGCCUUACACAACAAGUGGUUUGUUCAGUCAGAACAGUAAAAUGCAAUGUUUUUAUUGCAACGGUGAUCAUUUUGCUUCUCGGUGUGGUAAGGUCACUAAUCGACAGACUAGGAAAGCUAUUUUGCGUAAGAGUGGUAGAUGUUUUAUAUGUCUAGACACUGGACAUCUCGCCAAACAGUGUAGGUCUAGGUAUGAGUGUAAAAGGUGUAGGAAGGGAAAACAUCACAUUUCAAUUUGUGAGACCAACCCUACCGAAACUAAUUCGGAAGAAAAUAACGGUACAGAAAAUUUCGUUGGGCAUACGGGGUCAGAAAACAAGGGUAUACUUUUACAAACAGCCAUAGCUUUUGUAUGUGCAUCAGAUAAGACAGAAGUUAAGAAUUACACCAGAAUUUUAUUUGACAGCGGAAGUCAACGCUCCUAUAUUUCAGACAAGGUUAGGAGUAGGUUACAGUUAAAAACUUUGCGGAAAGAAAAGGUUAUCAUUAAAACAUUCGGACAAUCAGGUGAUAGUCAGGUACAAGAGCUUGAUGUUGUACAAGUAAAUGUUAAGGAUAAGUCUGACCAUAAAUUCACAUCCAUCGAAGCCUUGUGUGUUCCCUCCAUAUGUAGUCCUUUAACCAACCAGCACAUAGAUAGUGCACAACGGAUUGAGGAGUUUAAAAAUUUAGAAUUUGCUGAUCGCAAUGAAAAAUUCUCAGACUUACCAGUAGGUAUCCUAAUAGGCAUUGAUUUUUACCAUACCUUCAUGACAGGAAAAAUCAUCAGAAGUAGGGAGGGCCCUGUUGCAUGUGGUACUAAGUUGGGUUGGGUACUCAGCGGGCGACUGGGCUCGAGUUCCCCUGAUCUACAUUGUUUUGAAACACACUUAUUGCGCACUACCGCGGAUACAGUCCCAACAGAUGCCUUACGGAAUGACUUAGAUAAAUUUUGGGCUGUUGAGAGUAUAGGCUUAGAGAAGGAUCAAGUUGUAAGCGACUUUAGAAACAACAUAAUGCAUGACGGCACUAGGUAUGUGACUAAAUUACCCUUCAAACCAGAUCAUGAGCCUUUAGCUGAUAAUUUUGCAGUGAGUGAAGCACGAUUAAAGUCACUGAAAGCUCGUUUACUAUCAAAAGGGAUCGUUAAUGAUUAUGACAACAUUUUUAAAGAAUACGAACAGCAGGGUAUCAUCGAGCGCAUCCCAUCUGACGAUGUAGCAGGGAAGGUGGGUCAAGUCCAUUAUUUACCACAUAGACCAGUAAUACGGGAUGAUAAGGAAACCACUAAAAUCCGCGCAGUCUUUGAUGCUUCCUGCAAAACAAAUAGUGGCCCCUCACUUAAUGAAUGCCUCUAUGCGGGACCAAAUCUCAUCACAAAAAUUUUUGACAUUCUCUUAAGAUUCAGGCUGAAUAGAAUAGGGAUUUUGGCAGAUAUAAGACAGGCCUUUCUAAAUGUCGCGAUAUCUCCAGAACAUCGCACAUUUUUGCGUUUUUUAUGGUAUGAUAUUGAUUCGGACGAACAAAUAAUAUAUCAGUUCUCUCGAGUUGUUUUUGGAUUGACUAGUAGCCCCUUCCUUUUGAAUGCUACAAUUAAACAUCAUCUAAGUAAGUACAUUAACCAUAACGAGAUAGCGGUAGAGACGUUACAGGAUGACCUGUAUGUCGAUGAUUUAGUUAGCGGGCGUAACAAUCUUGAGGAAGCGAAGGAUUUGUACAAUAGGAUUGUCUACCUUCGGUUCAUUAGCGAUGAAGGUGUGAAAGUAUGUUUUUUUGCUUCUAAAACAAAGGUUGCUCCUCUGAAAGCCCUUAGUAUACCUCGACUAGAAUUGUUAGGCUGUCUACUACUAAGUAAAUUGAUUAGGGAGGUUCUUGAAGGCGUUAAAAGUCGUAUAGAAUUGGAUAGUAUACACUGUUGGUCGGAUUCGGAGGUGGCGUUGUGCUGGAUCAGAGGAAAAGAAAAAUGUUGGAAACCUUGGGUGGAAAAUAGAGUAGUUUCUAUUAGAAGUGUUGUAGAUCGUGAUAGAUGGCAUUUUGUUAAAGGAGAUGUCAAUCCUGCAGACAUCCCCACACGAAUAUCUGUCACCCUUAAUGAAUGUUUUACGGGAAGAUGGUUCUCUGGACCUUCCUUCCUCCUGUCACAACAUUUCGAGUCCGGUGGGGAGGACAUCAGUACUGAUGGUACUAAUGAAAACCCUUUAGAUCAGGCCAAUAGGGAAGCAGCUAGGGUAACCUUAGUUUCUGAAAUUACCUGUAAUACCAACACGACACGGAAGAAUACUUCAGACAACUUGUGCUCACUUAACACUGUCAUAGACUGCACGAAGUACAGCUCGCUGAAAAAACUUAUAGUCGUAACCGGUUAUGUGAGGAGAUACGUCAACAAUGUGCGUAAACGAGCAAAACAACUAACAGACGUAAUCGUAGAAGAGUUUUUAACGGUCGACGAAUAUGAAUCAGCGCUGUCGCUGUGGAUUAAAGCAGAACAACGACUGAUCAGAGAACAGUCCAACUACGGUAAUCUUCGCGGAUCGUUGAACCUUUUUGAAGAUAAAGACGGGCUGUUACGGUUAAAGGGACGAUUUGCGAACUCUCGAUUAAAGUACGAAGAACAAUUUCCGGUUCUGCUUCGGUCUGACAGCCAUUUGACCAAGCUAAUUAUUUGGGACGCCCAUGAAUCGACCAUGCAUCACGGAGUCGAGUCAACGUUAGCACGAGUUCGAAAGACAUACUGGAUCAUCAAGGGACGGAAGAGCGUAAAGGACGUGUUACGGAAGUGUGUCGUUUGCAAGCGGUAUCAAGGUAAAGUUUUGUGCAACCCUGCGUCUCCAGAUUUACCAGCAUUUAGAGUGGACCAUUCAGGGUUUGCAUUUCAAGCAACUGGUUUGGACUACGCCGGACCCUUGUACAUUAAGAACAACUCGGACAGUAAUAAGGUGCACAUACUAUUGCUAACUUGCGCCUCCAGUCGUGCUAUACAUUUAGAACUUACGAUGGACAUGUCGAUCGAAGGAUUUUUGCGUGGAUUUAAACGAUUCAUUGCACGUCGAGGAGUACCAGAGAUGGUGAUCAAUGAUAACUUCAAGACGUUCAAGUCGAGGGAGGUAAAACGGUUUAUGGUACGCCAGGGAAUAAAGCAACGGUAUAUUCUUCCAGCAUCGCCAUGGUGGGGAGGUUUUUAUGAACGCCUCGUACGGACAGUUAAGACGUGUCUUAAGAAGACAUUAGGUAGAGCCUACACGACGUUCGAGGAACUCCAAACGAUAUUGUGUGAUAUCGAAGUUGCCAUCAACAACCCACCAUUGGCGUAUCUGAGCGAGGAUGAUCUUGAGGAACCGCUGACUCCAUUUCAUUUAAUGUACGGACGGGCAUAUACAAAGGAGAAUCUUGGUAGAAGAACGGCAGAUGUUGUACCGGGAUUCGAUGUCGGACAGUGUAGAGAUCGAUUUCAGCAUCUGCAGAAGGUGUUGAGAGAUUGUUGGGUUCGAUUCCGGAACGAAUACCUGAACGAGUUACGCCAGAUGAACAUGCAUCUACCGCAGAACGAAGGGUUUCAUUCGUGA